CAGAUCUUCGUUCACGAACAGAAACGACGACCACUGUUCAUGCAGUAAAGAGAAGAUCUAAACAGGCUUAAUGAACUUAUAGAGGAAUGGAUCGUCUGCUGAAACCCCGACCGUUUUUAAUUUUUUGUCUUAUCUGUGUUUUUUGUUUGUUGUGGUCAACCGUCCGCUUUGCACCGGUGUCGGUAACUUGGGUGAGUGAGAAGAAAAGUUCGUGCAAACCACGUGUAAACGUCGUGUUUUUGAAAACUCACAAAUGUGCCAGUUCAACUAUACAAAAUAUAUUUUUUAGGUAUGGAGACGCCCAUAACCUAACGUUUGUUCUGCCUUAUGAACGUAACUAUCUCGGUCAUCCUUUACCAUUCAAUCACAAGAUGAUUCCCGAUCCGUCCCGUUUUAAUCGAACGUAUAAUAUUUUAGCUCAUCACACACGUUUUAACCAAACCGAGAUAAAAAAAGUGAUGCCAGAAGAUUCCAUUUACGUCACCAUAGUCCGCGAUCCUUUGGAGCUCUUCGCAUCCCUGUACUCUUAUUAUGAACUGGACAAAGCUUACAAGUUGAAAUUAGAGAAUCUACAUCGCGUUUCGUUGAAAACAUUUGAAUAUAAACUCACAUUCAAAAGACUGUUUAGAAAACUUGGUCUCAAUCAGAUGCUGUUCGAUCUGGGCUUCAGUCCAAACUCUUUUCGAAAUCUCAAAGCCGUUUCUGACUUUAUUAAUUACACCGACUCGGUUUUCGAUCUAGUGAUGGUUGCAGAACGAAUGGAAGCGUCUUUGGUGUUGCUGAAAGACCUCAUGUGUUGGGAUUAUAACGACGUUAUCGCUUUCCGACAUAAUGCAAGAAACGACACAAACAAAAACAACCUCCCCCCCAAAAUUCAGACACUUAUACGACAUCUUAAUACGGGAGACGAAAUGCUCUACCAGCACUUCAAACAUAAACUUGAAGACCGGAUACGUGAAUUUGGUGAAGACAAAAUGGCCAAAGAAAUCAUUGAGCUUCGGAGAAGAACUAGUUUGUUUUAUAAGUUUUGUGUGAAAAAAGAAAUGCCUAUUUCGAAAGCCCAAGUUCUCAAGGAGAAAACCCAUUCAAACGUGAUUACGUUUUUGGCGAGUGAUUCUGGCGGCAACGAAACCUGUAACCGAAUGAUAAACCGAGAGUUAGAGUAUACGGACAAACUCCGUUUCAAGCAGCGAGAUAUGUAUCACGUCGUGAAAAAGAAAACGACUUCCAAAAAAUCAAGACCUCUCAACCGAACUCAGCCGAGUAAGAUAACUGUUGAAAAAAACUAUCACUCUCAUCAGAGUAAUGACAAAAAUAUUCCAGCUUCUUCAGCUGUGGAUCCUAAGACUAGGAAUGUCCACUUAUGAUACUUUAUAAACCGAAACGUCGACUUCUGAUAAUCAGUUUAAAUUAAGUGCUAUGGCAGUUGCUACUGUAUAGAACUGCUUUCUGAAUAGUAGUUCUGUAAAAACAAUCUAUGUUAGUGCAAUAUUAAACUAUUUUAAUGUUAAAAAAACACGCAAUAAACAUCACUAAGAUUGUAUUACCAUGAAACACCUUUGGCAGCCAUCUAUAUGUAACUGUGUUAAUUAUUAAUAUACUUACCUUGUUUUUAUUAAAUCAUUACAAUCAA